AGUGUUGCUACGGCAGUGGUGGGGAAGGGGUGUUGCCACUGUGAGCCGGCGUGCGGACGGUGCCUCUUCUCUUGCAAGUGAUUAAUCGUAAAACUACUUAGUAACUGAACAAACGUGUAAACGUGUUGGCACCUGAGUUUCCGGCGGAUUUGAGAGACGACUCGACAUUAUUACAGCUGGAAAAUAGUUCAUGCAAUUUUUUCUAAAUUUGCAGAGGCAGGUCCAUGCUGAAGGAAGCAGAAGGUGAGAGAGUGACGCACGGACGAUCUCCUUGCAUCAGUGACAAUUCUCGCGCGGGAAAGGGAAUGUAUUGAAGCUGAAGGCUGAUCAGCGAGUUGUAUUGAAGUGACAGUGGUGAAGGUGCGGCAUGUGAGGAAAAUUAUUUAAAACCCGCGUGUGUGUUGCAAUGGCAAAAACCGAACCAAAGUGGAGUGCAAGAGGAACAUUUGAAGCAGUAGCCGUGUUGGUUCGGUGUGCCAGAGCGAUCGACGCGAUGAGAUGAGAUGAGAUGAGAGGGAAGGAAGGACGCUGCUGGACGAGACUUUAGCGUAUGGCUGGAAAUACAAAGAAUCACUUUGACGAAAUGAGAUACUGAUUACGUGAAAAAAAAAAUCUAGAAGUAAAUAUAAUAAAGAAAAGGACAGGAAAAGAGAGGAUAAAAUCUAAAUAUUACACAAGUUACCAAUAACGUGAAAAAAAACCUGGAAAAUAAAUACAACAAAUCAAGGAAAAGAUCUAAAGGGAGAUUGCAGAUCCCUUUCGUCCCUUUGUCCUCCCUCCCUUCACUGCACCGCUGACACAACGCACGAACCAAACACGCGAGGUGAGGAAAUCGUGUCCAUUACUCCUCCAUAGCGUCUCCUACCUCCUUCACGACGGCGACCACAACGAGAACCCUCCCCAGGGCCACCCCAGCCCCAGCCACCACCUCCAGCAACACCCGUUCAACCACCACCGCCCACUCCAACAUCAUGGCGAGCUUGCAACUGGAUGCGCUGAGUCGGCCGAGCGUGGGCGUGGGUGGGAGCAUGGGCUUGAGGAUGAGAAAGUCUUCCAUGCCCAUAGUCUCGCCCAGGUCCUUAGAGAUACCUGUAGGUCAUUUGCCGCCAAAGUCACUCUCGAGAAGCGGAUCUCCGGCCAGACGGCGGUUCUCUAACGUGAGCGAUGUCACCAGGAAGAUCUCCACCACGAUAGGCUGGCGCAGCGUGAACGUGGACGCGGUGGUGACGCAGGCGAAGUGUCUCCUGACGCAGUACAUAAGAUCUCGGCUCAAGCGGGCGGGCCUCCUACAUAAAAAACUGGGUCUACAGCGGUUACGAUCUGUGGCUAACCUUGCUGGUGGCUGGGAAGUAUGCGAGGUGUUCCCCCGCGUGUCAGGUAUCGGCCAGGAGUUGGAGAGGACCCACCCGAAGCUCUACAGCUCAGUGGCGCGUCAGCUCUCCAUCUCGCUAACGUCAGACAAGGUGGUGCGGUCGGUCAUAGUGCAGGUGGCGAAUCAGGUGUUCCUGCGCGGGGAGGUGAACUGGGCCCGCAUCAUCUCCCUCUUCGCUGUGGCGGCAGGACUGGCUUCCGACUGCGUCAAGCAAGGGCAUCCCGAGUACGUGGCGGGCGUGAUAGAUGUGAUGGGGCUGGUGACGGAGAGACACACCGCGCCGUGGAUCGCCUCGCAGGGCGGCUGGAGUUCGCUCCUGUCGUGGUCGCAGACGCCGGAGACAGAGGGGUCGGCGCUGCAGGUGCUGGUGUUGGUGGUGGGCGGCCUGAUCGUUGCGGCCUUCCUCCUCAUCCUGGCUCUCAAGUUCCUCGGGGAGUUGGUGACUUGAUCCCUCCCUCCUUCCUGGUGCACCACUCGGGAACACGUCCCGCACUGUUAUAAGAUCUGAUGUGAAUUGUCAUAGUUCAUGAUUUCAAUACAAAGACCGACGGUGUUUGUGGCCGUGGCGAGGUGGACAGUCUGAGCCGCGCUUGUCGCCGUGGUUGAGAGUAGCGACAGUGUUUGCAGUGACUGAUGGCGCACUGCAGGCAAUGGCGGACCUUCACGGCGUGUGUGCACUGCAAAGCCACACCUGCUUCCUUCUGAGACCUCCUGGGAUUCCUCAGUAAAUGUUCGUCACUCGCGAGAAAUUUGCUAUAUAAAUGUGAAGUGUGCCCACGAUGCGCUGAGGCCGAGGAGUCAAUGGACAGGAGCGAUGUUCGGGAACCUCUGCACCAAACACCACAAAACACAGUCUGCCCGCCACUUCACGUCUGUCCCCAUCCCACACUGUACACUAACAUAUACAUUGAUAUACAGCGGUAUUCCUCGAUCUAGGAAAGUCUGUUCUGUGUCAUGUAUAGAUUUUGGCCAUAAACGUGUUAAAUAAAAGUUUUUAAGUGUG